AUUUCCAUGAUUCAUCCUUCUUAGUGCUCCCCCUUUGUUAAAUAAAACAGCAAAAACAAUGCUAUCUCGGAAGAAUAAAGACUUAAAAACUCUCAAGGAGGGUGUCGUGGGCAAGUAUGUCAAAAAAGACACCCCACCCGAAAUGCCAAUUAUCAAUGUGUGGACUACAGAGCCCAAAAGGCGAAACUCGAACCAAAGUAGGGCUUCGCUUCCGCCCCAGGGGACCAUUUCCUCUAAUUCGCAAGCCAAUCCAGUACAAACUGUACAAAAAUUUGGUAAUCAAAAAACUACUAUUAGUGAUGUCGGACUUGGGGCACAUGAAGGAAAAUAUACCCCAAGUGCUUCUGUUCCUGAUUUAGCCACAAGGUUUGCCAAUCUUUCUGUAGGGAUUUUACCUGAUAAUAACCCUAGUGCCUUAAUUUAUAAUAACCCAAAUGUAAAUGCUUCAUCCCACCAUAUUUAUCAAUCAGUUGGAGGGAAUUAUAUUGAUAAUUCAGCGAGUAAUGCCAACUAUGUAGAGAUUGAUCAGAUUUAUCCCUUGACUGAGCCAUACAAGGAUCCAUAUAACCGCACUAACUCUCCUAUAUAUCAGAAUACAAGGGAUAAUAGUGUAGCAAGGACUACUCAAGAGCAAACUGCACCAAUUUAUAGUAAUACACAUGUAGAUAGGUUUAAUAGGAAUCAGUAUCAUAGUGGGAUGUCUUAUGGGGAGCACCAUAUGAGACAUACAGUUGGGAGGACUGAGAAUACUCAAGAAUCUUCAGAAGAACUUCCUCUGCCUCCAGGGUGGUCAGUUGAUUACACCCUUAGAGGGCGUAAGUAUUACAUUGACCACAACACAAAAACAACUCAUUGGUCCCAUCCAUUGGAAAGAGAGGGACUGCCCACUGGCUGGCAAUGCAUCCAAAGCCCCAUAUAUGGAGUAUAUUAUGUGAAUCAUAUUACUCGUCAAGCCCAAUAUGAGCACCCAUGUCUGAUACCAUGCUACAACUAUGGAAAUAUCACACCACAAACUUAUCAGAGAUAUUUGCAAGCUGUAAGGCCCACCCAUUAUCAGCCGCACAGUGUUUUGGUGCCCGCUAAUCCUUAUUUAAUGGAGGAAAUACCUUAUUGGCUUAAUGUCUACUUUAAAUCAAGCACUGAAAUUGACCACAAGUUACGCUUUGACAUGUUCAGGCUGUCUGAGUUGGAAUGUUUUAAUGCCAUGCUUACAAGACUUUACAAGCAAGAAUUGCAAAAUAUUGUGAUGAGAUAUGAGUCAUACAGGGCAGCCCUAUUGUUGGAGAUGGAAAAAAGGGCCAACCAGAGAUAACAAAAUGAUGUUCCUAUUGAUAUUUUAAGUUUUAUUUGCUUUGCUUAUCAUUGUACAUACUGUAUUAUAAUAUUGAGUAUGUUUUUUAAGUUUCCUUUUAUAAGAAAUAUAAUUUGUGUCUACCCUUUAA